GAGUCGUUCAUUCUGCCUCUCGUUCUCCUCGGCUUUGUGCGACCAGACGCAGAAUCUUGCCUUUUCUCCUCCGUGCGCGCCUUUUGCCCUCCAGGGCUCCCUCUUCUGCGUCCACAAAUCUACACUCGAAAAAGUCUAAACUACAAUGGCUACCCGCCCCUCGAACGAGAUCCACCGCGUCGCCUCCUACGGCCGCGGCGGUGCCGGAAACAUCAGCACCGACAACCCUUCCUCCCGCCCCUCGGCCAACGACCUCAUCACCCCCACCCUGAAAUCCGACCUCUACACCACCGGCCGCGGCGGCACGGGCAACAUGGCCCGCAACGACCCCGCACACCCGGAGAUUGCGCGCGCGAGCCAGGACGUCGAGGCCCCUCCCCACCGCGAGCCGGAGGGCCCCCACCACUUUGGUCGAGGCGGCGCGGCGAAUGUAGCGACGACGAGUCCGGAGCCGCAACCGGUUCCGCAGGUCGGUGGGAAGAAGGAGGAAGAGGGACGAGGGAAGGAAUUGUUGAAUCGGUUGAAGAAGUAGGGCUUCGGCGGCCGAUGAAGACAAUGUUUCUGGUUUGGGGGCAUCCCCUCCUCCUUUUCUCCUCUUUUCUUUUCCUUUUCUUUCCUGCGAAUUGGCUUCAUACGAUAUCCUCAGGGCUCGGGAAUGGCGAUGGGGUUCUCCGGCUG